AUCAACUACAGUCUGAGUAUUCUAGUGGAACUUGUAAAAGGAAAGGACAAGAGGAGGGACUAUAAUUCAGUGAAUGAAGAGCAGAUGGGAAUGCAGGCGUAUGAACAAGUUAAGAGAAGAGUGAGCUGCAGGAAAGUUUGAAGACAAAAGAGUUGAAGUUAAACUAAAGGAGAAGAAAGAGGAGCAGGAAAGAGCGAGUAGAACCAGAGUGAAACAGGAGAUGGAGAGACCUAUUCUGUUCCUCUCCCUCCCAUUAUUUCCCCCCUUUCUACUUUUCUCCCACCUUUUGUGGUGACUUGGAAACUUCUCUGCCUGGAAAUUCAAUAAAAGAUUCUUUUGAUAGAUUUUCUAUCAAUAUUUCUCCUCUCCAAACUCCCAUUGAUAUGAGCUGUCUUCAUCAUCCAGCCUUUAAUCAUGGGAGCCUUUCUCCUUGUUUUCUUACAUCCCCUGACUUCUACAAAGAUCCAUGGCUUCUGUUGAUUGAGAAGUAGAAACUCUUUUUUUUAAUAUUUUUCCCUCACUGCUAUAAUCUUUUAAAAGUUUGAGAAAAUAUGGCUUCUGAGCUUCAGUAGAUGACAUACCUUCUGUAACUUUUUGUUUAAAUUUUGGCUGGCUGUGACUUGACUUCGGUUAGACGAAACUGCUGGAGAAGAAAGUGAGUGGAUCUUUAGAAAGAAAGAGACGCUCUCAUGCCAAGUCAGGAGCGAAUGCCAGCAUGACUGAGAUCUGACCAACUGUGUCAAUACUUCAGGUGUGGAGGAGGGGCCUAAUAUAUUUAACAUCUGCUGAGCUACCAUGGCAGUCCCGUCUGCUUUGGUGCCCUCCUCAAUGAUGUCGCUACCACAGGUAAUUGAGUCCACAGUCAUGAGUGAACCCCAGUGCUACUACAAUGAAAACAUUGCCUUCUUUUAUAACCGGAGUGGAAAAUACUUAGCCACUGAAUGGAAUACUGUCAGCAAGCUUGUGAUGGGACUGGGUAUUACCGUCUGUAUCUUCAUAAUGCUGGCCAACCUCUUAGUUAUGGUGGCUAUUUAUGUCAACCGCCGCUUCCACUUUCCUAUUUAUUACUUAAUGGCCAACUUAGCUGCUGCGGACUUCUUUGCAGGGCUGGCCUACUUUUACCUAAUGUUUAACACGGGACCCAACACUAGAAGAUUGACUGUAAGCACCUGGCUUCUUCGCCAGGGUCUCAUUGACACUAGCCUGACGGCCUCUGUAGCCAAUUUGCUGGCCAUUGCUAUUGAGAGGCACAUUACCGUCUUCCGAAUGCAGCUGCAUACUCGGAUGAGCAACCGACGAGUGGUGGUAGUAAUUGUUGUCAUCUGGACUAUGGCCAUUGUCAUGGGUGCUAUACCAAGUGUUGGCUGGAACUGUAUCUGUGAUAUCACUCACUGCUCCAAUAUGGCACCACUCUAUAGUGACUCAUACUUGGUUUUCUGGGCUGUUUUCAACCUGGUCACUUUUUUGGUUAUGGUGGUCCUAUAUGCUCAUAUCUUUGGAUAUGUCCGCCAAAGGACUAUGAGAAUGUCCAGGCACAGUUCUGGGCCCCGCAGAAAUCGGGACACCAUGAUGAGUCUCCUGAAGACCGUGGUCAUUGUGCUUGGUGCUUUUAUAAUCUGCUGGACCCCAGGAUUAGUCUUGUUACUCCUUGAUGUUUGCUGUCCUCAGUGUAAUGUCCUGGCCUAUGAAAAAUUCUUCCUGCUACUUGCUGAAUUCAACUCUGCCAUGAACCCCAUCAUCUACUCCUACCGGGACAAAGAAAUGAGUGCUACCUUCAAACAGAUCCUCUGCUGUCAGCGCAGUGAGAAUGCCAACGGCCCCACCGAAGGCUCUGACCGCUCUGCUUCAUCACUCAAUCACACCAUCUUGGCUGGAGUACACAGUAAUGAUCAUUCUGUGGUUUAAAAAGAAACUGAAAGAUCAAAAAGAACCACAGAGAAUUUUUAUUGAUGGAUGAACAAUAACAGGCUAGAAAACCACAUCAAGAGGGCUAGGCAUGAGGAAAGUAACAAACUCACAAGACAUUCUUAAAUAUUAAUGGACACAGUAUUCUCUUUUUCCAGAAAACGCACCCACGCACAACACCAGCCAUGUAUGCAGAACUGGCCGUGCUAUAGCCCUCGUCCUUUCUUCUGCUUUCUGAAACUAGAAAGCAGAUUCCUUGCAAUGGAAUUCAUAGGUAGCACUAGGAGAGUCUUAUUUAGACUACACUAACUAGACUUUGUCAGAAUAUGCUUUGUCUUGGUGCCAGUUGAAAUCAACUCUGAUUAGUUAAGCGUAUACCUGCUUCACUGCAUUUACAUGUAGACACUUAGUCUUGUUUUUAAAAAAAAGAAUGCAUUUCAUUUAAUAAAUACUUAAUAUUUAUCACCAUCCGCAUGCUUGUGAUGGACAUUAACUGUGCAGGGAGAAAAAACAUGCUGUAGUCUUUGUAUUCUUAGCUACACUGCCAUAACUACAACAAAACAAAAAUAUUUUUCUAAUACUGGCCACAGGAAAAUGAUGGAAAUUCCGACUCUUCCUACUUUCUUUACUGGUGUUAGAGCACACUUGUUCUGUGUGAUGGCGGAUUGUUUAAUUUCAGAAAAAGAUGCUAAUUGUAACGUCCACAGGAAAGUAGAAAAGCAUAGACUGUAUUACAGUGUUUGUUUAGAUUAUGAAAUAAACAGUACUCUAGUCACAAG